AUGCCACCAGUCGAAUCCUCCACCGCGCCACCGGGCAAGUCCUUGCUCGACCUUCCUGGCGAGAUUCGCAAUCUCGUCUACGACUUCAUGAAGACCUCAAAGCGGGCUUCGACGAACACAGACUCCGACUUCAUCCCCGCCAAUCUCCUUCUCAUAAAUCGCCAAAUCCACCAGGAAACACGUUCCCUGCUUUACGGGCAGACCCGGUUCAAGUUCACCAGCUUUCAUGAUGGCGCGGUUCUAAAAAUGGCCGACACCCUUAGCCCGGGCCAACAAGUCCAUGUAGGGCACAGCGUCGUUUACGGUGGCGGAAUGCCAUUUGAUUACCCCAACAGCCCAGACAAUAAGCUUGUCGCCUUCUUGGAACAAAUUGGCCCCGGUAACGGGAGAUGCAUCAAGGACAUUCAAAUCGCCUUCCCGUCCGUUUUCCAGGAAGGUGACAGGAUUGAAAUUGACAGUCUCACCUCUCGUGCCUUCGACAAGCUUCAAGUGUACUGCCCCAAUCUGAAAAAGCUCAGACUGGGUUGCGAGUCGGUUAUUUUCUCUGGAGAGUACGUGCAUGCGCACUACUUUAUUUGCUCGGGCCGUAUCCAUUCAAAGGUGUUGGAUUUGGUUGCUGCUUGUCUUAGGGCGAUUUCCUCCGAGAUGGAGGUCGAGUUUAAUAUGUUCACCGACUGCGAUUGUUUGGCGAGGGAUGAGUUCAAAAUGAAGAUUGAGUCUUAUGGGUGGAAGGUCAACAUCCUCUACAAGAAAUCUGCCAUUCGGCAGGAGUUGUUCCUACCUAUUUACCUUGGUGAUUCCGACUUGGAGGAUUCCCACUAUGAUGACUCCUACUAUGAGGAUUCAAGCGUACAUAAUUACGAUGACGAAGGUGACAGUGUUGACUUUGGAGAUACGGAGAUUGGGGAUUCCGACUCUGGGGAUCACGACGACGAAGGCGACAGUGUUGGCUUUGAAGAUGUGGAAUCUGAUGAUUCCGGCUAG